AUGGCGGAGUUUGUACGUGCCCAAAUCUUCGGCACGACCUUCGAGAUUACCAGCAGGUACACGGACCUACAACCGGUGGGAAUGGGAGCAUUUGGGCUUGUCUGCUCCGCAAAGGAUCAACUCACUAGUCAGGCUGUGGCUGUCAAGAAAAUAAUGAAACCUUUCAGCACUCCUGUCCUGUCUAAGCGCACAUACCGAGAAUUGAAGCUCUUAAAGCACCUGCGUCAUGAAAACGUCAUCAGCUUAAGCGAUAUCUUCAUAUCACCACUCGAGGACAUCUACUUUGUCACCGAGCUCCUAGGGACCGACCUACAUCGCCUGUUGACCUCAAGACCUCUCGAGAAACAAUUCAUCCAAUACUUCUUGUACCAGAUCUUGCGAGGAUUGAAAUACGUGCACUCUGCAGGAGUUGUCCACCGCGAUCUGAAGCCCAGCAACAUCCUUGUGAACGAGAAUUGUGACUUGAAGAUCUGUGACUUUGGUCUCGCCCGUAUUCAAGACCCGCAAAUGACGGGCUAUGUGUCGACAAGAUACUAUCGUGCCCCAGAGAUCAUGCUCACAUGGCAAAAAUACGACGUGGAGGUGGAUAUAUGGAGCGCAGGAUGCAUAUUCGCGGAGAUGCUUGAAGGAAAGCCCCUGUUCCCUGGCAAAGAUCACGUCAAUCAGUUCUCCAUUAUUACGGAGCUUUUGGGUACACCACCAGACGAUGUCAUUCAGACCAUUGGCAGCGAAAAUACCCUCCGCUUUGUGCAGUCACUACCAAAGCGGGAACGACAACCCUUGUCGAACAAGUUUAAGAACGCAGACCCACUGGCCAUCGAUCUACUCGAGAAGAUGCUGGUCUUCGAUCCUCGACUACGAGUACGGGCUGGGGACGCUCUAGCACAUGAGUACCUCGCUCCUUACCAUGAUCCAAGCGAUGAGCCGGUAGCGGAAGAGAAAUUCGAUUGGUCAUUCAAUGAUGCUGAUCUGCCAGUUGACCAAUGGAAGGUUAUGAUAGGACCUGAGAUCGAGAGCUGGUUCGGCGUUGGAGAUGGCGCAGACCCCGCAGCGGAGAAUGACUGGUCAUUCCUCCCCUUCAUGGCCCUCUCGGACGGCGCCCACGCAUCCACCCAAGAUUUCUCCUACUUCACCCUCCGUCGAAGAGCUACGGGUACCAGCCCUCCCACCUCCGUUUUUGGCAUAUCGUGCACCCGGCAAAUGGACGCCAAUGAACUUCUGAACAAACCCCCCGAUGUCACGAGGAGUACAGUGCAAAAGGCGAUUGUGGUUGUUGCGGAUAGUCCACAACUCUUUGGGCAGUUGAGAGAGAAGCUUUCUAUGGUCACGGGUGCGUGGUUCGCACAGAAGGACUUUACAGAUGUGGACAUCCUGAAGAGAUUUCAAGAGAGCCUGGCGAAGAAUUUGCAGGAUACGGAGGAUGAUCAAUAUCUUGGUCUAUCAUUGAGGGAGCUCAUACACGAAUACAAGCACCAAACACUGGUGCUCUUCAAAUGCUGCUUGCUGCAACCGAAGAUGCUUUUCUUCGGUUCCCGCUGUGAGCGACUAUGCAUGUUGCAAUUUGCUUUGGUUUCUUUGAUACCCGGUCUUUUGCGGAGAUUGCAAGAUGCUGCAGAUCCAGAGUUCGACAGCUACGAAAAGAACUUGGUCAUGCCAACGUCUUUGAAAACAAGUGACCGGAAUUCUUUGCUGUCUUAUAUGGGCCUCCCGCUGCAGCUCUUCGGCAAAGGUGCUCUCUUCGGACCAUAUACACCAUUGCAGCAGCUGGACGUCUUGGCCGAUUACGGCACGAAGUCAUACAUCGUAGGAUCCACCAACUCUCUUCUCUUGCAGCAGAAAGAUCGCUACAGUGACAUACUCGUCAAUCUUGACGAAACGACCAUCAAUAUCACUUCAUCCUCCCUCAGGACUGCCCUAGUUCUAUCUGCGGCAGAUAGGCGUUGGAUAGACUUUCUGAGCACCACCGUCCACGAGACCUGGGACGAAAACAACCCCUCCCGACCCAAAACAAUGGGCUACAUGGGCUCCGAAGAAUUCAUCCGCCUCCAGUUCGAAGAGUAUCUCCUGGCCUUUCUCUCUUCCGUAAAGUACCACCUCUAUCUCUCGCAUUCACCGCCCCUUCCCACAAUCGAAGGUGACCCAACGGUCGACUUCAACCCAGACUUCAUCCACAACUGGUGCCAGACCUCCAACUUUGCACUCUUUGACUCUCACACCGACUCCGACCUCUUCGACAUCGUCGAGCCUCGCCAUCCCACAGCAGGAAAUCUCAGCUUCGAGGACAUACAACGCCGUCUCGCGCUGCAAAUCCAGACAUUGCAUCUCGAUGACAGAUUAGCAACGAGCAAGGAAGCACUGAACAAGCACUUAGCAACCGGCCACAAAAAGGUCUCCACGGCCUUCUCAAACCUCUGGGCGGACAUCGAAGCAAUGCGAGAAGCCCAGCGCAAACGUGCCGAAAUCGCUAGCUUCGGAAGCAUCAGAGCCAGCUCCAACACUGGCGAGCCAUCCUCGGAGAAUGCUCCUUCAGCACAGCGCUUCGCAGCUCGCGCUCCCGAUCUCACAGCCGCGCAAGCCUCCGUGCAGGCGGCAGGGCAGAAAGCAGGCGCGUACAUCUCCUCCUGGGGUGCGUGGGCGAGUGAAAGGAGGAAAGGAUGGGCGAAGGGGAGUCCGAAUGCGAGUAGUGAGAAUGUAGCUGCUGGAGUGACGAGUCCAACGAAGCUGGCCAAAUGGAACAGCGGGAUUGGAGGGAAGAGGAUUCGGGAGGAGAAGGGUGGUGAUGGGAUUGGGAGGUUGGAUGCCUGA